AUGGAGAAGAAUAAUGCUGUCGACCCUGAGCUUGGCGUUGACUAUGAAAAGGUCGAUAUGUUGACGCAUGAGGCCAAACCCCGAGCCUCUAAACAAGCGAGUAUUCAAGAUGUUCCCAAAACCCGCAUGCGAAACUUCAUGGAUAGCUUCAGGCCUGCAGACGUUGAUGCCAACUCGCCUCCCCAACAGGCCCAUGAACCUUCCCAAGAUGACGAGAGCCCUUCGGCCCCUCCGGAGAAACUCGCUCGAAAGCUUAAAAGCCGCCAUAUGAAACUCAUGGCCAUUGCAAGUUGCGUCGGCACAGGCUUGUUCGUUGGCAGCGGAAAGGCUUUGGCAAGCGGUGGACCAGCUUCGCUGCUCAUCGCGUAUGGACUGAUCGGCAUCAUGAUUUACUGCACCAUGCAUGCUCUUGGCGAAAUGGGCGUGCUGUUCCCCGUUGCUGGCUCAUUUGCCGCCUUCUCCACUCGCUUCUUGGAUCCAGCUUGGGGCUUCGCCAUGGGCUGGAACUAUACCAUUUCCUGGCUCGUUACUUUGCCGCUGGAAAUCACUGCCGCGAGUAUGACUAUUGGGUUUUGGCCUGGAGCGAGAGAAACGAAUAGCGCGGCAUGGGUGGCCAUCUUUUGGGUCGUGGUUGUGUCCAUUAACCUUUUUAGUGUCAGGGGCUUUGGAGAGGCUGAGUUCAUCUUUUCCACCAUAAAAGUGAUUACUGUCAUUGGUUUCAUUAUUCUUGGAAUUAUCAUCGAUUGCGGAGGCUCCCCAUCGGGUGAUUAUAUUGGUGGGCGAUACUGGCACAGCCCAGGUGCUUUCAAUAAUGGCUUCAAGGGACUUUGCAGCGUCUUCGUGACGGCCGCGUUUGCCUAUGGGGGCACAGAGGUUGUCGGUCUCGCCGCAGCGGAAGCUGCCAACCCGAGAAAGGCAUUGCCAGCUGCAGUAAAGCAGGUGUUUUGGCGCAUUAUCCUGUUCUAUGUGCUCUGUCUCAUUGUCAUAGGCCUCCUAGUUCCUUACAACUCUCCUGAUCUUCUCAACGGCUCUGGAUCAUCGGAUGCCAACGCGUCCCCAUUUGUCAUCUCAAUCCGAAACGCUGGGAUUAAUGGCUUGCCGUCUGUUAUCAAUGCCGUCAUCUUAAUGUCCAUUCUUUCUGUCGGCAACGCUGCCGUGUACGGUUCAUCGCGUACCCUUGCUGCCAUGGCAGAUCAAGGACAGGCACCAAAGAUUCUGGGCUAUGUGGAUCGAUCAGGACGUCCUCUUGUCGCCAUCAUAUGCACUGCCAUAGUCGGCCUCGUCGCAUUCAUUGUAGCUGCGGGACCCGAUGUCGCAGAACAAGCCUUUGACUGGAUGCUCGCCAUUGCAGGGUUGGCACAGAUUUUCAACUGGGGAUCUAUUUGCCUGGCUCAUAUCCGUUUCCGACGUGCCUGGAAGUUACAAGGACAUUCCUUGAAUGACCUUCCCCACAGGUCUCAGGCUGGUGUCUACGGUUCUUGGCUUGGUUUCAUUAUCAACUGUCUCAUCGUGAUCGCGCAAUUCUGGACAGGGUUUGCCCCAGUUGGCUACGAGUCAAUGACUGCUCUUGAGCGCACCGAAUCUUGGUUUCAAUCUUGUCUGUCGCUCAUUAUUAUUCUCAUCACCUACGUGGGCUUCAAACUUUGGAAAAAGACGAAGAUAUGGAGAGCCAAAGACCUUGAUCUGGUCACUGGCCAGCGGGUUCUCAACCUCACGCAGAUUCUUGAGGCGGAGAGAAUGGAGAGACAAUCAUGGUCCGCUGGGAAGAGAAUUUGCAAGUUCCUGUGUUGA